AUGUUGAAACACAUCUCUAACUGGAGCCCGACACCACCCUCUGUUACCGUGAGAGUCAAUCCAACCACGGCGCGAAAUCUGAAGUUGAAGAAAGGCCUUGGGAUGAAGCGGCCGAAACACGAAAUGGACGAUGGCCCACCGGGCAAGAGUAUGAGCAGCCGUUGCAUGGGUGAAGCCCCACGUCGAAGCAAUCCGUCAUGCGGCCCGAAACCUGUUAUUCAGCGUCGAGAGAUGGCCGCAUUUUUCAGGCUCUUUGAUGAUGACUUAAUACAGGAUUUUCUGUGGAUGGACUGCUGUUGUAAAAUCACAGACAAGUAUUUACUGGCCAUGACAUUUGUCUACUUCAAAAGAGCCCGUUUCAGCAUCAGCGAGCAUAAUAGAAUGAACUUUUUCAUAGCUCUCUACCUAGCAAAUACCAUGGAGGAGGAUGAGGAGGAAAGCAAGUAUGAGAUUUUCCCUUGGGCCCUGGGAAAGAGCUGGAGGAAACUUUUCCCACGCUUCCUCAAACAGAGGGACAAGCUGUGGGCACGCAUUGAGUACCGUGCUGCUGUCAGCCGCCGCUGCUGUGAAGAGGUGAUGGCCAUUGUGCCAUCUCAUUUCAUCUGGCAGCGGGAACGUGCAGAGCACCACAGCGGUGCCCAGCGGCACUAUAGGGACCGAGAGGAGGUCCACAUGCCUCGCGGACCAUCAGCCUCCCCCAAACCCUGCACCCUCUGCGCCAGGAGCUCAGGCUUAGACUUCAGCCUGUCUUCCUCCCCAUCUCUCUCCUCUACAAACACCACGAUGGGCACUCCCUCCUCCUCACUGCUGAACUUCCCCCUCACUAUCUUUCAGGAGACCACUCCACCCAAAGCCCCUGCUCCACUAAAGCGUACCAGGGGAGCCAGGGAUCAGCGUUCCUGCAUCUGCAUGGAGAAUCCCACAGGUAGGAAUGCAGACAGCGCAGCUGAGAAUGACCGUUCUAUGGACUGGAUCAGUGAGGAGUAG